AAAUUAAAGAACGACAGAAAACACAAUCAUUACACUUCAUUGUAGUGAGCAAUAAAACCUGCAGAUGUUCUGAAAAUCCCAAAAUUCCUUUUUUUUUACGUUUCUUUUUAUUUUUCCGGUAAUAUUAUCGCGAUCUCCUCUGUAAAUUUGUAUGUUCAUAAUUCAUUUGGGGCUUUCGGUCUUUCGUUUUCUAUAUAUAUCUUUGCGUGGGCGAUUAAAAAUGCAAUGUUUGCUGGUUUUCUUCCUAAAAUAUUUGUCUCCGAUUGUGAUGAUUUAUCCUGUUUGCUGAAUAUGUGUAUGCUCGCAUUUUUUCGAUUAUAAGCAAUUUGAACAUAAUCCAUGAUUGUAUUUUUCUUUUCAGCCAUGGAUCCAAAUUUUUCCGACAACGAGUGGUUGGUCGCUCGUGUUCAGCAAUUGGAGAGCGAUAUCGAGCAGUUGUGCAUGCAACAAGCGGGCCCCGCCUAUCUUGGAGUGGCCACCCGAAUGCAUUUCCAGAGGACUGCUGCAUUAGAGCAGGAGAUUGAGAGCUUGAGUAAAAACUUGGCUGCAUGCACUAGAGAGAACCAAAAUCUUCAAGAGGAGCUAUCCGAGGCUUAUCUUAUUAAAAGCCAAUUGGCCGAUCUACAUAAUGCAGAAGUCUCAAAGAAUGCUGAGGCUGAGAAGCAGCUUAAAUUUUUCCAAGGUUGUGUUGCUGCUGCUUUUGCCGAGCGAGAUAAUGCAAUACUUGAGGCUGAAAAGGCUAAAGAAAAAGUGGAGCUCAUGCCACAAGAGCUGAACAAAUGUCAAAGAAGGAUGGAAGAGCUGAGCAUUGAACUUCUUGAAGAGAAGGAACUGACCACGUCUCUCCUUAUUGAUUUAGGAAAGCACGAAAGGCAGAUUGGGAUUUUCAAAGAGGUUGUUGACAAGUUUUACCACAUCAGAGAAUGUACUAUGGGAGAUAUUACUGAUGCAAGUUGUGAAGAGAAAUGUGAACUUUUGUUGCAUGAUUCGGACGAGAUGUGGAGGUUCCAAAAUGAUGAGGAUGCUUCCACUUCCAAUUACAUUAAUUCUCUCGAGGCAGAGAUCGAGACUCUGAGGAGACGUAUCGAUAAUUUGCAAAACAAGUUUCAAGUUGUGAGNAUGGAAAAACUCGGAGCAGAGAAUAUCAAAGAGCAGCUAUCAGCCUUAAAGCAUCACCAUUCUCAAUACAAAAACGAUAUCAAUAAUCUACUCGACGAGGGCUACUCGGAGCUGAAAUCACUUCAUGAAUUAGUUGUUGAGAAAAUGAGCCACUUUGUACUGAGUCAGGAAAAAAGCAAUUUGGAGGUAUUUUUAACACAAGACGAGGAAUUGCAUGAAAGCGAAUGCAAAGAUGUGCAUGUUAAUGCUGAUUCCAGUUCUGAUUCCACCACUAAGAAUAAUGAACAUGGCUUACCGACUAUUGUUGCUCGUGAAACUAGCGAUACAUCUGAAGCACUUGCGUUGGCAUUGCAGGAGAAGGUCGAGGCGUUAUUACUUUUAUCUCAGCAAGAAGAAAGACACCUACUUGAGAGGAAUGUAAAUGCAGCUUUGCAGAAAAAGGUCGAGGAACUUCAGAGAAAUUUACUGCAGGUUACGAACGAAAAGGUUAAAGCUCUUAUGGAGCUAGCGCAACUGAGGCAGGAACAAUUUUCACUUCACGAAAAGAGCCGUCAAGAAAGCGUACAAGGAAAGCCAGCGAGUGAAAUAUCCGGAGGAGAGAUAAAAGCUGGUCAGGAAAAAGACAGUAAACUGAAAAAUUUACUAAGGAAAAGUUAUUUAACACGAUGGGUGGGAGGUUCAGAAGGAAGUGGUGCUGAUACGCAUCACAUGGACUUUGCAAGGAUGAAGAUUGAAAAUGCGACCCUUAAGGAGAGCUUGGAAAGCAUGGAUCAUCUACUCUCUUCCGUACGAAGACUCCGGAUUUCACUUUUCAAGGUAAAAGAUUCAUCUAAUAUGCCGUCAAGUGAAAUCACGAGCUACUUGUCUACUAUGAUUGACCAAAUCAUAGCCGAGGCCAACCUCGUAAGGACAGCCCUCGGCAGCUCAAUUCCCAUCAGCUGGUCAGCCGAAGCUGACCAAUCGCACGAUGGCUCGGGUUUCGAAAAGCUGGAUUUUGUCUCGGCUGUUGGAUUCGAGAUGGUGGAGCUCUUGAUAUUUGCUGCUCAGGUCCUUAGGGACCAAAUUUCCUUAGGCACCAAGGGGUCGAAAUUGGAAUAAUGCAAAAACUUGCGUCUUUUUUGGUUUCGAUCAGGAGAUUUGCUGAAAUCUUUUGCUGUUCUUUUCGGUGAUAAAACGUAGGGGUGUUUGUUUCCAUUAACGGUUAGACUGACUCAUACAAAAGUUUGUUUGCGUUUAGGUUUACAGUUAUUGGAAUAACUAUUGGAUGAAAGAAUUCCAUUUGACAAGAACAGAACCAUUUAUGUUGUUCUGUAUGAUAUAGAAACAAAAUUACACUAACCACACAAAAUUAAUGUAUUACUUAAUCUUUUCUAAGUAAACAAAUUGUUCUUAAAG